UAUUAUCAUUUUUUUUAAUGUAUGUGAACCAUAGCAAUAUGGGAAAUGCAAGAUUUCUGUUUGCUGUUGUUAUUGCAUUAGUUUCGGUUGCCGCAAGCACCGUUGGAAAAUGGAUUCCUACAGCCUUGCCGUGCGAUUUUCAAGCAAUUUAUAACUUUGGCGACUCGAAUUCGGACACUGGCGCCACGUCAGCAGCGUUUUGGCCAACUCCUCGACCCUAUGGAGUCAACUUCUUUGGAAGACCUUCCGGAAGAAAUUCCGAUGGUCGUCUUCUCAUAGACUUUAUAGCUGAAAAGUUGGGGCUGCCAUAUUUGAGUCCAUACUUGGAUUCAAUAGGGACGAAUUUCCGGCACGGAGCAAAUUUCGCUACCGGAGUAUCGACAAUUCGCAGGCAAAACGAAAGCAUAUUCGAAAACGGAAUAAGUCCGUUCUCGCUCGAUAUUCAAACUAUGCAAUUCCUUCAAUUCAAGUCAAGAACAAGUGAAUUGUAUCAUCAAGGUGAAAUGAUUCAAUUUUUUUUGUUUCCGGGAUCGAAUAUUUUUUUAGCAAGAACACCGUUCAACAGAAGCAAACUCCCUAGGCCAAAGGAUUUCUCAAGGUCUCUCUACACAUUCGAUAUCGGCCAAAAUGACCUAACCGCCGGUUUCAGAAAGCUGACUAUGCCUCAACUUCGAGCCGAGAUUCCUAAUAUUGUCGAUCAAUUCGCUGCAGCAGUUAUACGUUUGUAUCAACAAGGGGCGAGGGCGUUUUGGAUUCACAAUACGGGGCCGGUCGGAUGUUUGCCAGCUGCAAGUAUGUACAUUCGAACUCCGAAUCCCGAUUUUUUCGACAAGUACGGAUGCGUUAAGAGCCAUAAUGACAUAGCAGUGGAGUUCAAUAAGCAGCUUAAAUCAAGAGUGAGGCUACUAAGGGCAGAGCUGCCACGCGCUUCGUUGAUCUACGUCGAUAUUUACUCCGCUAAGUAUCAACUAAUCACCAACGCAAAAACAUACGGGUUUGGGGAUUCGAUGAGAAUAUGCUGUGGGUAUCACAAGAGAAAUGUGCAUGUGUGGUGUGGGCAGAGACAAAUGAUAAAUGGGAGUAUGGUAUUUGGUGGGGCGCGUGGGUCACACGCGAGGUGUGUAAGCUGGGAUGGGGUCCACUAUUCUCAGGCUGCUAAUAACUGGGUUGCUAAUCACGUACUGUAUGGCUCUUAUUCUGAUCCACCCAUGCCUCUUUCUCGAGCUUGUCUUAAGCGUUGA